CAUCCCAACGAGUUUGCAACUAGAGAGUACAUGGUUAGGAGGACUUUUAUACAGAAACAACGCGCCAGGAGAGGAAGCUAAAGGAGAGUCUUCCAGCCGAACGUUUGGCAAUUCGUUUGUAGCAAUAAUUUUGAAUUCAUAAAAAAAAAAUUAGUAAGUGGAAAUAUUUGUUCCUCCGAAGAAGGGUUGCAAACUAAAAAGUAUUGUUCGGGAUUCUUCCGUUUUAUGAGUCGAUUUGAUUGAAUCAACACAACUGUGAAAGUAUUUUGUUUUAAAAUUUGUGACUCUAUUCGUUUUGCAUGGAUAAAUAGCGACCCAAUAUGACGAAUCAUAUACUACACUUUUUUCGAGCAAAUGUGCGAUUGAACUAUCGUUUCGGAUGCUCGUCCUUCCACACAAGUGGACUGCUUAGAAAUAUUUCUUCAAAAGACGAGUCUCAUCCAGAGAGUCCGGAGACUGCUGCCAAAGAAAUUCCGAAGUCUGAUUCUUCUGGUGAAUCCGUCAAUUCCAACGUCGCUUCGCAACAGCCAGGACCAUCUAAUUCCGAAUCUUCUGACCAAGCAUCCUCUCCAGUAGCUCCCGAAAUUGUUUCAAAAGAGAUGCGCGAUACUAAGAGUCCUUGGGAAGAGAUGGUCAGAAAAUUCCAACAAGACGCUUCUUUACAAGAAGACUAUAUAAAAAAUCAUCCCCUCUCUAAGCAUGCAUUAGAAAAUGCUAAGGGUUUACGACAAACCAAUUUACAUGUGCAAUAUUUUUCUCCAUUUGACAAGUAUGUUCGUCCUUUAGAUGAAUUUGCCAAUUUUCAAAACUUUGACGAAUAUAAUGCGUUUAAUGAAGAAAAAUUUAAAAAUUAUACUCCCCCGAUAGAUGCUUUCCGCGGCAAGCCGCCUUCGAGUCACGUUCCAUUCAGUUAUGGGGGCACAAAUCAGGGCGCUACCAUGAGUGAUUUUUUGGUGGAAACUACCGGUGUCCCAAAAAGUUAUUUGCAAUCGUUCGUUUUUGUUCCUUUAGUUAUUCGUCGAGUCGUUAACCAAACCCGUAAGGGUAAAAUUCCCAGUAUAUAUGUUUUGACCGUCGUUGGUAAUCGCAACGGAGUUAUAGGUUAUGGUGAAGGAAAGGCAGCCAAUUAUUCAUUAUCGUAUAAACAAUCUUGUGCUCGUGCGGUCAAAAGCAUGAAAAGUAUUCCACGAUACGAAAACCGUACUGUGUAUGGCAACUUGCAUAAGAAGUUUCACGCCGUCCACCUUACUUUACGCUCACGUCCCGCUGGUUUUGGCUUGCGUUGCAACGCUAUCUUGUUUGAAAUUUGCCGGUGUGCAGGUAUCAAAGAUUUAAGCGGUGAUGUUAUGGGAUCUAAAAAUGGCAUGAAUGUUGUGAAAGCAGUAUUUGAAGCUCUACACGAGCAAACACUUCCGGAAGAUAUUGCUUUACAACGUGGUCAUAAGAUUGUUGAUGUUCAACGUGAGUAUUACAAAGGUUCCCACUAAAUUUGAGAAGUGUCAUUUAAUUUCUACCAUGUGUAAUAUUUGAAUCUCUAUUAUUCUACUUAUGACUUUUCAUUUAUCCUUUCUUUCAUAUAUUCUUUUGUCAACAAGAAUUUGCAAUUCUAAAAAGUACUCGUUAUAAUGCAUUUAAGAUCACUUUAUUAUU